UUACAUCGUGGUGACCAAAACUGGAUGCAGAAUUCCAAGUGUGGCCUUACCAAGGUGUUUUAAAAUGGUAGAAAGGAGUAGAAGAGCUACAAAGCGAGUCUUCCUUGCCAGGGCUCUAGUCUAGCGGCAUCUCCCUCUCCACCAAUCCUGGGCUGGAAACCUCAUCUCCCCGUCCAUCGCCCAGCAGGCUUGGCACGCAAGACCCGCCAGAGGGCGCCCGUCGCAAACAACCGCCGGGUUCAGACGAAUUGCUUUUGCUCGCUCCGGGGAGAAGCGUCUCGCCCGAUGCUUACAAGAGAGGGCAGGAAGUGACCGUUCCAACGCCGAGGGCGCGCUUUGCAGGAAGCGGACCGAGUCUGCAAACGGAGCCUUCCUUUCUUUGCUGGCCCUUUCUUUCCCGCAGCUGCCGAGCUUGCGAAGCGCCUCCUUCCCUCCUCACCGGGAAGCAGCGGAUUCUGGUGAACUGCCGAGCCAGACUCGGGUGAUUUCAGUCUCCGGAUCUGGAGAGAAGCUCUUCUGGAAACCACCCCCCCAAGAUCCCCGCUACUCAUUUGCCCCCUUUUUAAGGGGUGCCGAGGACGCUUAUUUCUGCAAGGAGAGCCCCUUCUGGGUAAAAGGUUGAGUUCUGCAGAAGCUGAGAACCCCUCCCACGUCUUCCGUAUGAUUGUCAAAAGCGCUAGUUGUCUGCUGGGUGCAUCUGCAGGUUAGAGGAUCUGGGUGUCCUGAUCUUGAAUGUUGUUCUCUCCAGGACUGGAAGCCAAGAAAUAUUCCAUUCUGCAGAAGCCCAAAGAGCUAGGCUUAUCUGCAUCCCAUGUCAAUAUUCUCCUGAUGCCUGAGACACUUAUUUCUGCAAGGAGAACCUCUUCUAGGUUAAAAUUCAGUUCUGCACAAGCUCCCUCCGGAGGACUUUGUUGUCUGCUGAGGGUUUGUUGUCUGCUGAGAGCAUCUCAGGAUCUUCCUGGCUUGGGAUCUUUCCAGGACUUGGAGACAAGGAAAUAUUCCUUUCAGCAGAAGUUCAAGGGGCCAGACUGAUCUGCAUCCCAUGUUGAUAGUGCCCUGGAUAUCUGAGUCCUUCCAAAAUAGCACCUUGGGCCACUCAGGAACAUAAAUUACAAAUUGAAUAACGAAAGAAAGUUCUUCUCAGCAUGUUGGAUUAUAGGUCUCUACUCAUUUUCAUCUUAUCCUGGAAGCUGAAUUUUACUUCCCAUAGAACCUAAAUCAUUCAAGCGAGAAAGACCUCGUUCUCCAAGAUGGCAGAAGGAGGAUCUCCUUCCCAUUCUGCUCCCGUGAAUGGAAGUUGCUUUGUAGAUUCAGAAGAGCCUUUGGAUUUGUUUGGACAAGCAGCAAGGACCAAGCAGAACAUUCUGGAAGAAGUAGUCAUACAUUGUGUUGUCCAGUGUUGCCCUUUCAGGGAGCUCUGUUGCCAGGAAGCUGAGGGACUCCAAGUCAUAUGCAGCCAACUCCAUCAUCUUUACGAACGGUGGCUGAAACAAGAGAGCCGCGUGAAAGCUCAGAUGAUAAUCCUGCAACAGUCCUUGGCCACCCCACCCACUGAGCUGGAGAGCUGUGUCUGGAUGCAUGGAGCAGAGAUCAGCUCCCAGGAAGUGACCUUAGCCAAAGGUUUCCUCCUGAGCCAUGUGGAGCAGAAAACACAGCGAAAGCAGCAGAUUCAUGGCCAUUUGAUGGAGGUGGCAACCCAUGGUUCUAAAGCAUCAGGAGAUGUGUCACAUCUCUCUCAGGAAAUUGUCUUGAGACAAGAGGACCCAUCAUCUCAGGAGACACCAUCAGAAAGCACAACAAUGGUGAUUAAAGCAAUGGAAAGGUCUCCUCGUUGUGGUGGAGCAGAAACAGUGGCUGUACUUCCAACUCAGAUCCCUGUGUCCUUUGAAGAUGUAACUGUGUUUUUCUCUGAGGAGGAGUGGGCUCUGCUGGAUUUUGACCAAAAAUCCCUGUACAGAGAGGUCAUGCUGGAAAAUGCUAAGAAUGUGGAGUCCAUGGAUGAAAGGGGGAAGCCUGAAGACUAUAAAGGACCAGGUGUAAAUUCAUUGGAAAGGACUGAGAGUGGAAAAGGGAUAUUGCAAAAUCGGAGGAAACUAAAGGUGACUGCAGAAAACUGGCUGAAUAAUUGGAAGGAAAAAUCAUCUAUUUUUCAGUACAGAGAAAAUUGCAGCUUCAAUAUCCAGCCUCACAAAGAAAAAAGAAGCUGUUUAAAGAGUGGGAAAGCAUUCAGCAAUAAAUCACUCAUCUAUGAAUGUAGCAGGACCCACUCUAAAGAGAAUCAGGUUGAAUGCAGGGAACAUGGAAAAAAAGACUUGAGUCUAUGUCUUACUUUACAUCAAAGGAUUGAGACACCAAAAUCACAUAAAUAUUCAGACAGUGGGAAAAGCUUUAACGACAGCAGUACUUUUAACACCCAGAAAACAACUCAGAGAGUGGAGAAGUCAUAUAAAUGUACAGAGUGCAGAAAGAGUUUCUCUACAAGCAAUGAUCUUACUUUGCAUAAAAAGUCCCACGCAGGAAAGAAAUAUAAAAGGAUGGAAUGUGGAAGGAGGUUCAGUAUUGGUUUUACUUCUCAUAAAAGGAUCCACAAAGGGGAGAAGCCAUAUAGAUGUAUAGACUGUGGAAAGAGCUUCACCACAAGUGGUUCCCUUACCGCCCAUAAAAGGAUCCACAUGGGGGAAAAACCACAUAAGUGCAUGCAAUGCGGGAAGAGUUUCAGCCAAAGUACUUCCCUUACUUCCCAUGAAAGGAUGCAUACAGGAAUAAAACCGUAUCAAUGCAUGGAUUGUGGAAAAAAAUUCAGUCAAAGCAGUGAUCUCAUUUCUCAUAAAAGGAUCCAUACAGGGGAAAAACCGUUUAAAUGUAUGGAGUGUGGAAAAAGCUUUACAAUGAGACGUGGUCUUACUUCCCAUGAAAGGAUCCACACAGGGGAGAAACCAUAUCAAUGCCCAGAUUGUGAAAAGUGCUUUAUAAGUAGGAGUGAUCUUACUUCCCAUAAAAGGAUCCACACAGGCGAGAAGCCGUAUCAAUGCACGGAGUGUGGAAAAAGCUUCAGUUGGAGCAAUAACCUUACUAGUCAUCAAAGGAUCCAUACAGGUGAAAAACCAUAUAAAUGCAUGGAAUGUGGGAAGAGUUUCAGCCAGAGCACGUCCCUUACUUCCCAUGAAAGGAUCCAUACAGGGAUGAAACCAUAUCAGUGCAUGGAUUGUGGAAAGAGCUUCAGUACAAGCAGUGAACUCAUUUCCCAUAAAAGGAUCCACACAGGGGAGAAACCGUAUAAAUGCACAGCAUGUGGAAAGAGCUUCCGCAAGAGUACUGAUCUUAUUUCUCAUGAAAGGAUCCACACAGGAGAGAAGCCAUAUAGAUGUACAGAGUGUGGAAAGUGCUUCAGCCAACACAGAAAUCUUUCCUGCCAUAAAAGGAUCCACACAGGGGAGAAGCCAUACAAAUGCACAGACUGUGGAAAGAGCUUCACCACCAGCGGUUCCCUUACUGCCCAUAAAAGGAUCCACACGGGGGAAAAACCAUAUAAAUGCACGGAAUGCGGCAAGAGUUUCAGCCAAAGUGCUUCCCUUAGUUCCCAUGAAAGGAUCCAUACUGGGAUGAAACCGUAUCAGUGCAUGGAUUGUGGAAAGAAAUUUAGUAAAAGCAGUCAUCUUAGCUCUCAUAAGAAGAUCCACUCAGGAGAGAAGCUGUAUAAGUGCACAGAGUGUGAAAAGAGCUUUUAUACAAGCAGUUCCCUGAUAUCACAUAAGAGGAUUCACUCUGGUGAGAAGCCAUAUCAUUGCACGGACUGUGGAAAGAGUUUCAAUACAAGCAGUUCCCUUAGUUCACAUAGGAGGAUCCACACGGGAGAGAAACCAUAUGAGUGCCAGGAGUGUGGAAAGAGUUUCAGUCACAAUAGUUCCCUCUCUUUUCAUAAAAGGAUCCAUACAAAGAAGAACCCACCUGCCUGUAUAUAAUAUGGGAGGAACUUCUUUCAGAGUAGUGAAGUUCUGAUAAAAGGAGCUACAUGGAGAAAAGGCUGUGUACAUGCAUGGAAUAUGGAAAAAACUUAAGUGAUUCCAUUUCUGAUCAGCAUGCCAUAAUUAAAAGAGAAUGGAUUAUUUAAUUAGAAAAAAAUGAGUUAGAGUGAAAGAAGGAGAAGAGAAGAAGUAGAAUGGAUGGACCAGUUAAAAAAGAUUAUAGGAAACUUUGGAAGAGCUCCACGUUAUUAAAAGGGGAAAGCCAACAUCUAAUCUGUGUAGUAGGUACAAUAUAAAUCAACUAUAUACAGCCAAAUCUGCAGUUAGAUAUUAGGAAUACCUAGAUUUUUAUUAAAUCGCUUGACAAUC